AUGGCCCCCAACUUCGACUACUCCAAGCACAAGCUGCUCGUGGCCAACCGCGGGGAGAUAGCCGUACGCGUCUUGCGCACCGCCGCGCGUCUUGGGCUCCGCACCGUCAGCAUCUACACCCCGUCGGACGCGCUCGCCCCUCACGUCUCCCUCGCCUCCGAAGCCUACCCCAUCGCGUCUCCCGAGCCCCCCCACGCCCCCCUCCCCGACGCCCAGGGUUACCUUUCGGCUGCCGCGAUCGUCGCCAUUGUCAAGGCGACCGGCGCGACGCUCGUGCAUCCCGGGUACGGCUUCCUCUCCGAGAACACGGAUUUUGCGAGGAUGGUCAAGGAGGCGGGGGCGACGUUCCUCGGCCCGCAGGCGGAGGUCGUCGAGAUGAUGGGCCUGAAGCACGAGGCGCGCAGGAAGGCGCUGGAGGCGGGCGUACCCGUCGUGCCCGGGACCGAGGGGCUCGUGGGGAGCCUGGCGGAGGCGCUGGAGGUCGCGAAGGACAAGGUCGGAUACCCCGUCAUGCUCAAGAGCACGGCCGGCGGUGGGGGCAUGGGCAUCGUGGUGUGCGCGGACGAGAAGGAGCUGAGGGACAGAUUCGAGGGUACAAGGGCACGAGCGCAGGCACUCUUCCACAACCCGGGACUGUUCAUCGAGCGGUAUUUCCCCGCAGCGAGACAUAUCGAGGUGCAGGUCUUCGGCAACGGGCUCGGCGACGCCGUCCACUUUGGCGAGCGCGAGUGCAGCGUGCAGCGGCGGCACCAGAAAGUCAUCGAGGAAACGCCCAGCCCUUUCGUAGCCGGGCACCCAGGCCUCCGAGAACGCAUGUGCGCCGCCGCCGUGCGGCUCUGCAAAGCCAUCAGAUACAGCUCUGCCGGCACGGUCGAGUUCCUCGUGGACGACGCGUCCGGCGCAUUCUACUUCCUCGAGAUGAACACGCGCCUGCAGGUGGAGCACCCCGUCACCGAGGCGACCCGCCCGGGGCUGGACAUCGUCGCGCUCAUGGUCCGCCAGGGCGUCGCGCAGCACGAGGGGGGUGGGGUUGCCCUGGAGGAAGAGGAGGAGAGGUGGCGGGAUGCGCGCGGGCACGCCAUCGAGGCGCGGGUUUAUUGCGAGAACCCGAGCGCGGGGUUCAUGCCGGCGCCGGGGGUGCUGCAGUACGUCGAGCUCCCCGAGGAGAGGGAGUGCGUGCGGGUCGAUGGCUGGAUAUCGACGGGGACGACCGUGACGCCCUUCUUCGACCCGCUCGUGUGCAAGAUCAUCGUCUCGGGGUCGACGCGGGAGGAGGCGGUGCAGCGGAUGGUCGACGCGCUCGCCGCGACGAAGAUCAUGGGCCCGCCGAACAACGUCCGCUACCUCAAGGCGAUAUGCGAGAGCGAGACGUUUAACCUUGGCAAGGCGACGACGAAGUUCCUGGACAGCUUCGAGUUUGUGCCGCGGGCGGUGGACGUGCUCUCCCCCGGGCUCGACGCGACGAUCCAGGACUACCCGGGGCGGCUCCUCGGCCUGGGCAUCCCCCGCGGCGGGCCGAUGGACACGCUCGCCUUGCGCGCGGCCAAUAUCCUCGUCGGAAACGCACCCGGGAUGGAGGCACUGGAGCUUCUCCCGCUCACGCCCUGCCGGCUGCUGUUCCACGUGCCCGCAGUCAUCGCGGUGACCGGCGCGGACGCGGAGGUCAGUGUCGAUGGGAAGAAGGUAGGGACGUGGGAGAAGGUGGUGGUGGGUGCGGGUGGCAAGUUGGUCGUGAAAGGCGCGGGUAAGGGUGGGAGGGGGUGUAGAGCGUACGUUGCUGUGAGAGGGGGGUUUCCGGACGUGCCAAAGUAUUUGGGGAGUAAGAGUACAUCGACGGGGAUGGGUGGGUACCAGGGGCGUGCACUCGCGGCAGGCGACCACCUCGCGCUGGGCAAAUGCGAACCCGAAGACGACGAAGCGGCGAUGAAACUACCGCCCUCGCUCAUCCCCACAUACUCCUCAAACUGGACCGUUCACUGCCUCUCCGGCCCGCAUGACUCUGAAGAAUUCGUCACCGCAACAGGCAUCGAGGAGUUCUACGCCACGCCCUGGAAAGUGAGCGCCUCAAGCAACCGGAUGGGCAUCCGCCUCGAGGGUCCGAAGCUCCGCUGGGCGCGCGCGAGCGGCGGCGAGGGCGGGAGCCACCCGAGCAACGUGCACGACAACGGGUACGCGCUCGGCACGAUCAACGUGAACGGGGACACGCCCGUCAUCCUCACGAGCGACGGCCCGGAUAUGGGCGGGUACGUGUGCUUGUGCACGGUCGCGACGGGGGAUAUGUGGAAGCUUGGCCAGCUGCGCGCGGGGGACACCGUGCGGUUUAGGAGGGUGUCGUUUGGGGAUGCGAUGAGGUUGGUGGAUAGGGGUGUGCAGUGGUUGGAAGCGGUCAAGGAUGGUAGGCAUGAUUACACUGCAGAGGAGUUGGUCGCACCAGUUGCAGAGGAGGAUCGCAAGGGUCCAAUCCUCAAAGUUAUCCCCGCUGAACCGGCAACGGGCAGGCCACGAGUAGUCUUCCGACAGGCGGGAGAUUCAGCCAUCCUGGUAGAGUAUGGCGAGCUCCUCCUGGACCUCACCCUCCGCGCCCGCAUCCACGCAUUCGAAACCGCCGCAAAGGCUCAGAACAUCCCAGGGGUAUGGGCGUUCGGGCCAUGCAUUCGCUCCACCAUCGUGCGCUACGACCCCCUUACCACCCCGCAGUCCGCCCUCCUGUCCGCGCUCGUCGACGCCGAAAGCUCACUUCCGGACUCGAUGGAAUCCAUGACGUUCCCAGGGCGCAAGAUCACCUUCCCCGUGGUGCUCGACGACCGGUGGAGCAGGGAGGCGCUGGACCGGUACAUGCGCUCCAUCCGCGACAAGUCGGUGUACCUCCCCAGCAACAUUGAGUACCUCGCGCGCAAUAAUGGGUUGAAGGGCGGUGCGGCGGAGGCGCUGGAGUUGCUGACGAGGGGACCUUAUCUUGUGUUCGGUGUAGGGUUCUACCUCGCGUGUCCGUUCCUGGUCCCAAUCGACCCCCGCUGCCGCCUCGUCGGGCAGAAGAUGAACCCCUCGCGGACUUACACGCCCCGCGGCGCGAUCGGCAUCGCGGGCCUCGUUGCGGCCAUUUACCCGAUCGAGUCUCCGGGCGGGUACCAGCUGUACGGGCGCACGCUGCCCGUGUGGCAGACGUGGGGCCGCGGGCGCGAUUUUUCCGCGGCGCGGCCGUGGCUCCUCGAGCCAUUCGACCAGGUCGUGCUCCAGCCUGUGAGCGAGGGGGAGUACGUCGAGAUGGAGAAGCAGUUCGAUGCGGGGCGGUACGAAUUCAAGAUCGAGCCGGUGACGUUCUCGAUCGCGGAGUAUACCGCGUUCGUCGCGUCCGUCGCGGACGAGAUCAAGGAGUUCAAGGCGAGACAGGCGGAGGGCACCGCGAAGGAGGAGGCGCGCGAAGCCGAGCUCUUGAAAGAAUGGGAAGCCGAGAAGCAGAAGGCCGCUUCUUCCAGCACAGCGACGGCCGAAGCCCCGCAAGACGCAGGCGAGACCGUCACCGCCUCGCUCGCCGCGACCGUCUGGAAGAUCCACUGCACGCCCGGGGACACCAUCAAAGCAGCGGAGGACGUCCUCCUCGUGCUCGAGGCAAUGAAGACGGAGAUCAACGUCGAGGCGGGGGAGGAGAGCGUCGGGAAGAAAGUGAAGGGCAUCGCACCCUCCGAAGAGGGUAUUCCGGCCAGACCCCGCGCCCUGCUCACCCCUCACGGCUGA